GUAGGAGCAAUGGACGACUUUAUAAUGACAAUUGAAGACGACACAGAGAUUAAAACAUACAAUGAAGAGGAAAAUGAGGAAAAUGAUAAUAGCCCAACGCAUAAAGAGAAUAAAGAUUCAAGGAAACGAAAAAAAAAGGAAAAAAAAGCUUCAAUAAAUGAGGAUAUUUCAUUAAAAAAAAAAGAUAUAAAUCCUGAUUUCUCGUUCUCUUUUGGUGACGAUAAUUUUUAUAAUGAUGUUGAAGGCUGGGAUUUUGUAGCAGCUAGGGCCGGAUUAAAACCCAAACUUACUAUUCCUUCAAGGACGAUCGAUGAAAUAAUUACAAACAAGCGCAACGAAGCGAGAUCAUCACUAAUUUUAAAUACAAAAACGAAUGGACGAAAUAAUUCAAAAAAAAAAAAUGCUGAUAGCUUUGGUGCCGGAACCCAAUGCGAUAUCUACAAUGACGAAAACGAAUCAAGUGAAAACGAUGAAGGCGAAACCGAUGAAGACGACGACGAUCAAAUGUCGAGUAGUACAGAUGAAUACUGGAACAACCACGAAGAUCGUGAUAAUGAUUCUAAUAGUGAAAAUAGUAGUGAGGACGAAGAUGAAAAACAGAGGAAGAAAGAAUAUUUUGCAGAUGAGUCUGAGCUAAUUCAUUACGACAAUGCUGAAUCAUUCCAAACAAUGAAUCUUUCUCGACCUAUUCUUAAAGGCCUUA